AUUUAGAUCACACGCGAGCCGAGAGGCGGAAGGCUGGUCAGGAAUUCUAAGCUUUUUAUCCUGAUUUUCGUCCGUGUUUACAGUUGUUCCAGUCCUAUUGCAGUACAUAAACUGACUGGACUACCUACUCGGAGUAAGUGUGAGGAUUUAGUGUGGACUUACUGUGUUGAAUAGAACAAUCGAGAAUGGAAGCUCAGAGGCUGAUCACGGUGUCGCUGGGGAAAAUCGCCUCGUCACGUUGUCAGCGUGGCGGAAUCAACUUGCACAGAAAUCUACUUGUGGCCAGCGUUCUGCACAAAGCUAGGACAGCUUACAUGAUGGAUGCUUACCAACACAUCAUCGCCAGCAGAAAACAGAAGCAAGAGGUGACUGAGGAGAGCGGCGAGAAAGAGGUUGGAGUAGUGUUAAGCGGUGGUGCUAAGCCCGAGGAUGAUGUAUGUGGGGCGGGAAGGCCCGGUUCGGCUGGAGCAGCCAUGACGCACGCGGCCGCUCAGGAGAUUAGUCACGCCGUGCAGGACAAGGAAAACUCACCUCCCACCAUACAGCCCAAUUCCCUGGACAAAGGGGACUCCUCCUCAGUUAUGCUGGGUGUGGAAAAUACUAGUGUCCGAUCGGAGAAUACCACGUCAGAGGAGAAAUCACAAGAGUGCAAACCCACUACAAACAAUGCGGUCAGCGCUAGUAGUAAAAUCGCUAACUGUGGUGAUUCCACGUUGAAAAUGUCCGCUCAAAAUCGACCAUGUGCCGUAACUUGUUCUACUGGGAAACGACGGAGGUCACGUAACACUGACUCGUCGGAAUGCUCCAGUGAGUCAGCGGUGAGCCCGAAAAAAGCUAAAUUAGACAUCCCACAAAAAAGCGAGGUGUUGUGCGGAAAAGAAAACAUGGAAAACACUGCCAGUGAAAUUUUAAGAGACACGACAUCGACGCAUGAGGACGUGAGUAGUAUUAAUGAUUCAGGGGUCACGUGCAAAGUGACGAAAUCUUGUGACAGAUCCGAGCCGAUGCAAACGGAAUCUACCCAAAUUACAAGCCUUGUGACAAUUUUUAAUUCCGGAUUCAGCGGACUGUGUUCCAGGAAUACGACAUCCGACACGAACUCAAGUGCGCAAUCGCAACCUUUGUCUUGCGCAACAGAAUUGAAACACGAGUCCGUUCAAAUCCCGUCUGUGAUAGCGCUCACUGUUUAGACAUUUCUUUCUCAAAUUUGAACUCUUUGUUUGUGUAUAUUUAUUUUGUGGGAUAGACAGUGUCGGUGCAAUGCUCCAUGGGAUCUAUACAAGACAAUAGACGCUUGUGUCAUCAAUGGAAAUCGCUAUUUAUUGCAACUGUUUGGUGAACUUGACACGAAGUGUGGACUUGAAGUCAUGUUAAUCCCUUGUUUUCCACAUGGACUACGCAUCAUUUGGUAUCCCAUUAUUGUUCACUUAAUUUAUGAAUUUAUUCAGUUUAGUAACAUCAUCAUAUUGCAUCACUUUUCAUGCAGGUUUUUUUUGGGUUUUUUUUUUUGUCCCACCCUCCUUACCUUUUAACAAAUCCCAGUUAAACUGUUGCCGUUUACAUUCGUUUUUAUCAGCUGUUAUCAAAUAGGCCUAUGUCAGAUAAAUUUGCUCAAAUCUGGAAAGCUAAUCAAUACAGCAAAAGUUGUACUAUAUCUUAAUACAUGUAAGAUCCAAACUGUACAAAGAAACUUGAUCACUGUUUUUCUGGUAAUAGCCACCUGUGUCUUAUGCUUUGUGCAGGCGACGGUGGAAAAACACCUGUCAGUCCCGCCUACCAGGUUGAAACAAAAAAGUCCUAACAAAAAAAAAAAGUUGUGUAAUGUAAAUGGCUGGUAAAUCAGAAUGCCAUUAAUUUUUUCCCGCAAUUGGUGUUUUUUUUUUUUGUUUUGUUUUUAUAGCACUCGCAAUUCUUUGUUUUGUACGUGACAUGCCGCUUGUUAACGGCAAGCAAUAAGUUUGUUACACUUAGAGAAAAGUUUUCUUUGUCUAUCAAGCGAGGGUAUUGUUAGCCCAGUUGUUGAGCAGACUCUCUCCCCCUCUACUACACCAAACUUUUACCCCGAAGGUUUUGUAUUUGCUUAGAGCACUUGUGGCUUACAACUGCUGGGGGACAAAGGCCUUGAGCUGGCUGACCCAGAAAAAUCUGCCUUGGCGUCUUGUUUGUUGUUUGCCCCCAAGCCAUGUGCUCGCCAGGUUUUCAGUUUAAGCCUGUGCUUGGCUCAGAAUGUGUACAUGCCAGUAAAUGAAAUCAGCAAUUUUCAGAAAUUUGCUGUGUUGAAAUGUUUAUUUCUUGGAAACAAAAUGCAAUAAUUUAAGCGAUCUCAAAUUUGCCUCCCUCCCCCCUCCUUAGUUUGUUUUAAACAGGGGUGAUGCAAUUAACAAAGGAAGUCCUUGCACAGUGUAUUUGUGGAAGUUGUGACCUUUUACAUUUUCAUCAUCAGUCACACAAAUUACCGACCAAUCAUCUGUUGAUUUUGUAUGAUGGAUAAUAAUAUUGUUGACCAGUGGCCUGUUAAUUCAGCAUUCUAAUCGACCAAUCAACUUUGUUUUAUUUGUCCAAAUGAACAUAAAAAACUGUUGUAAAAUAGGAACAAAAAAGUUGCUAAAAACAUUAUCAUGAAUAAAUAUUUUUGAAUUUAAACAUAAAAA